AUGCUUUCAGGGAUAGCAACGGUAGUUUGCAAAUCAGUCCGGAACGCUGGAGUAUCGUUCUCCCUCGGAGUUAGUUUUCGUCAUUCCUGCUCUGCUAUAUCGAACUCUGUGCGUACGACUGCACGACCACGAAAGACCAAUCUUGUUGGUCGCCAAGCUCCCCUCGUUCUUACGAAAGCAGCUGUCGACCGUAUCAAAGAAUUGAUGAUGAAAAAUCCACAAGCAGUUGGGAUUCGAGUUGGUGUCCGAACUCGUGGUUGCAACGGUCUGUCCUAUACACUGGACUUUUCUGUUGAUGGUCGCCAACCAGGGGAUGAACUCGUGGAGCAGGAUGGUGUACGUGUUUUCAUCGACCGGAGGGCCCAGCUAACAUUGCUCGGAACUGAAAUGGACUAUCAAGUAGGACUAAUUGCCAGCGAAUUCGUAUUUAACAAUCCCAACGUGAAAGGCACUUGUGGGUGCGGUGAAAGCUUCAAUGUUUAA